GUAUGGCCUCACAAGUCUUGGUCUACCCACCAUAUGUUUUUCAAACCCAGACAAGUGCCUUUUGUAGUGUGAAGAAACUUAAAGUCGAGCCAGACAGCUGUGCAUAUCAUGAGAGAGCCUACCCACAGACCUUUUUAAACUGUAAAAACAUUGGAAUUGUUUAUCCUCCCGACGUCAAGUCAUUUCAGAAAAGAAACUCAGUUGGAAGAACUCGUGGGCAGAACUUUGUAUUACUUUCAGGAGCAACUGUUUUGAAAAAUACCAGUGCCUCUGGGGUUAGAGCAGCGCGGGCGCAGCAACCUCAGGAAGUGGCACUUCAGAGUGAGACACGGAGCAGUGAGUUGAACUUGGUGGACAAUUACCAACGAUGUGGAUUAAAGCGUAAGAGUGAGGAACUGGAUAACCAGAGUAGCGCAAUGCAGAUUGUUGAUGAACUAUCCAUACUGCCUGCAAUGUUGCAGACAAAUGUGGGUAAUCCCAUCACAGUGGUCACUACAACAGCUUCAAAACAAAGUGGCGCUAAUGGGGAUGGAGACUAUCAACUGAUGCAGCAUGAAGUUCUCUGUUCCAUGAAGAAUAGUUAUGAGGUUAUUGACUUUCUUGGACGAGGGACAUUUGGACAGGUGGUUAAAUGCUGGAAGAGGGGAACAAAUGAAGUUGUAGCAAUUAAGAUUUUAAAGAACCACCCUUCAUACGCUCGUCAGGGACAAAUUGAAGUGAGCAUCUUGGCAAGGCUCAGUACUGAAAAUGCAGAUGAGUUUAACUUUGUUAGAGCAUAUGAAUGUUUUCAACAUCGUAACCACUCAUGCUUGGUGUUUGAAAUGUUGGAGCAGAACUUGUAUGACUUUCUGAAACAGAAUAAAUUCAGCCCGCUGCCUCUGAAAGUAAUACGGCCGAUCCUGCAGCAGGUGACCACUGCACUGAAAAAACUGAAGAGUCUUGGUUUAAUUCAUGCAGAUCUUAAACCGGAGAAUAUUAUGUUGGUAGAUCCUGUUCGGCAGCCAUAUAAGGUUAAAGUUAUAGACUUUGGAUCUGCAAGCUAUGUGUCGAAGGCAGUAUGUUCAACAUACCUACAGUCACGGUACUACAGGUAGGUGGUCAGUAGCUGUUGGUAGGCAGAAAAUGAUGCA